AAAAUAAUUCCUAUAUAGUAUGACUAUUUAUAUUGAUACAAUGACAAUGAGUUUUAUUACCGAAAUACAACAACCAAAGAAACCUUCCGAUUCAAUUCAUCCUCUUCCUAGUAUUAGUAAAAGUAAUACUACUACUAAUAGUAGUAAUAGUAGUAAUAAUGAUGAUGAUGAAAAAUCUUUUUCUUUUAAACCAUUACCAAGUAUUGUCAUCGAUUAUUUUGCAUUGACAAUGUGUGAUUUUCUACCAACAAAACCAAUACAAGAACGUACAGCACCAGAAUUAAUGUACUUUAUACAAAAAAUUACCUAUAAUGCUCGAAUAUCAUGUUAUAUAGCUGUAGUUGCUUGGAUUUAUAUUGAUCGAUGUAAAGCUGCUUUACCUCAACGUGCUAUAGGUGAUCAAGAUACAGCUCAUAGGAUGAUCAUCGCUUCUUUAUUGGUAGCUUCCAAAUUUCUACAUGGUACAAGAUGGGGUGCAAGUCAACAAUUAGAUGGACCUCAUGAUGUGGCAGAUGAAAGUAAACCAUAUUGGCUCACCAAUCAAAGAAUGAAACGGUUAUGUGAUGAUAUGUAUACACUUCAAGAAAUUAACCAAUUGGAAAGAUCUUUUUUAAAUUUGAUUGAUUAUCAAUGUUGGGUAGAUGAAGCUAUAGUACAGGAUUAUUUAGUAAAACAUCGUCAGGAACUUUUACUUUAAAUGACAAUAAGCUGGUCUUUUAUUGUCAUUCUUAUCUUU